UUAGCUCUUACACACUUCUGUUCGUUCGGCAUUCCAUUCCCGCGAUCAUUUCUAUGCUAAAGCUUCUUAAUCAUGUUCUCUCUCCCUCUCUCUUCCUCUUCGGAAAACUCAACUGUACCCAGAGAGAGAGAGAGAGAGAGGGAGGGAGAGGGAGAGAAUGGAUAUCGCCUGCAGUUGUUGAUCAAGUUAUAUAUCAUCACUUCGUCACUGCAACAGAAACGAAGACAGUAGCAGCAUCAUCACACGCCCUUUGCUCGCCAAUAAGAAUGCCUUCCCGAGUACUCGGACCGUUCGCUCCAGCAAGCUCUGCAUUGGCGAUACAGAGCUCCUCCGGUCAGUGGGGUUCUCCAGCCUUGUUCUUUUUUCUGGGUGGGUUACUUGUGCUUGUGAUAUUGCUGAUUCUUGGAUUAAUCCGUCGGAUAUGCGUGAAACCAUCAGAUGUGUUGCGGCCUGCAGCAUCUAAAGAAAUCAGCUUCAGCGGUAAUCUCCGAACAAUUAGCCAUUUUGAUUUCCAGACACUGAAGAAGGCAACCCAGAAUUUUCAUCAUGCUAAUCUUCUCGGAAAAGGGGGAUUUGGGCCUGUUUAUCGGGGAAAGUUAGAGGAUGAGAGGUUGGUGGCAGUGAAGAAAUUGUCACUUGAUACAUCCCGACAAGGAGAGUCAGAAUUUCUUGCAGAGGUGAGGUUGAUCACGAGCAUCCAACACAGGAACCUGGUUUACCUUCUUGGAUGUUGCUCCGAGGGGCCUGAACGGCUACUUGUGUAUGAAUAUCUGAAGAAUCGAAGCUUGGACUUCCUAAUAUAUGGAAAAGGUGAUCAGUUCCUGAAUUGGAGCAUCAGAUCCCAAAUAAUAAUUGGCAUUGCGAGAGGGUUGCAGUACCUACAUGAGGAUUCGCACUUGAGAAUUGUUCACAGAGAUAUCAAAGCUAGCAACAUUCUUCUCGAUGACAAAUUUCAACCAAAGAUUGGAGAUUUUGGUCUGGCUAGGUUCUUUCCUGAAGAUCAAGCUUAUCUCAGCACUAAUUUUGCUGGAACUUUGGGUUAUACUGCACCCGAAUACGCUAUAAGAGGAGAGUUGUCUGAAAAGGCAGACAUCUAUAGUUUUGGGGUUCUUGUCCUUGAAAUAAUCGGUUGCAGGAAAAAUACAGAAUUAUCUUUACCCUCGGAAAUGCAAUAUCUUCCUGAAUAUGCAUGGAAGCUAUAUGAGAAGUCGAGGGUGCUUGAUCUGAUUGAUCCAAAAAUGCGAGAAGAUGGAUUUGUGGAGAAGGAUGUUUUGCAGGCAAUCCAUGUCGCCUUGCUUUGUCUUCAGCAUCAUGCAAAUUUCAGGCCCCCCAUGUCAGAGAUCGUGGCCUUAUUAACAUGCAAAGUUGAAUUGACUAAAACACCAUUGAGACCGCUCUUCUUGGAUCGAAGGCGUAACAAGGAUGAAAGCCUUUCUUGGGAUACCCCAAUAUCGUACGCCCUCCCUUCUCGGAUGCAGAGUGAGACCCCCUCAUUACCCAGAACACCAAAUUAAGGGACAUGUCAUGGUUUCCAUUCUUUUUUUAUAGAACAGGGAAGCAGAAUUGAUUAAUCCAAGUGUUGCAAUUAUUAUUAUUAACAUCUUCUGAAUUACUUAAUGUGCAUUUUCUUGUACUUUUUG